AUGGCAAAAAGAAAGCAGCCAGAAGCAUCCCCUUCUCCUGAGGUCGCCGAAACCCCUUCGAAGCGCCGCAGAAAGACCACCGAAGCCGGUUUAACAAACGGCGUACACCAUGAUGAAGAUGUCGCACCGUCCCCCAAGAAACAAGAGACCCCGUCUCGGAGAAAGAGAAAGUCUGCUGCAGACAUAGUACUAGAGGCAGAAGAGCUUGACAGUGGCAGUCCGACACCCAAGACCAACGGCCGCACCCUAUUCUCAACUCCACGACGAAACAAAGCUGCCGCUGCGACCCCGUCAAAGUCCAAAGCAGAUCGCUCGGCACGUCGCAAGAGCGCACAAGCACUCGCCCUGGCCCCAGGGGAAGAGGAACAGGAGGACUGGGACGGCCAGGCUGCAUUGGCAAGAGAGAUUCUAGCAGACGGUGACAACGAGGCUUUGGUCGCAGAUCAGCCAGACCCUGCAGGGGCAGUGGAAGGACAAGAGCCCACAACACCUACACAACCACCAUCUCGAGGUCGCGGUCGGCCCAAGGGCGCGAAGAACAAACGUUCACCUACACCCGAAGGUAACAUCCCUCCUGAAGAACGGUACUUCUUCCAGAACCGUGCCGGUCCACCUCAAAUCUCCAGCAACAAGUUCACAUCUGUCAAACUGCUCACACACGAAGAAUAUUUUGAGAACAUCCAGACUUGCAAAGAUAGCCACGAAAGCCAUAUAUCGCACUUAAUGACCCUGCACACCCGAUCCUUUGCACAAUGGCAGUUCGAGCUUUCCCAGGGCUACAGUCUAUGCCUGUACGGCUACGGGAGCAAGCGUGGAUUGAUCAACAGGUUCGCAGAAUACAUCUACACCCAACCGCUCCUCAAGGGCCAGAAGACUCGGGCCAAGAUCGUGAUUGUCAACGGUUACACGCCGAAACUCAACGUCCGCCACAUUCUCAACACGGUCGGGAGUGCAAUCACAGGCGAAGAUUCGACACUGCGACUUGUGGGCCAACCGCAUGAGAUGCUUGACACGCUCUUUACACACCUUCACCAACCCGUUGUGGUCAUGAUCAACUCGAUCGACGCCGCUCCCCUGCGGCGUGGCGGCGUACAAUCGGUCCUUGCUCGCCUCGCAGGACACGAGAUGAUCUCCUUCCUCGCUACGGCAGACAGCCCGACCUUCGCGACAAUGUGGAAUUCAAGUCUUCUCGACCAGUUCCGGUUCGUGUACCACGACUGUACAACCUUUGCGGGCUACGAUGCCGAGAUCAAUGUCGUUGACGACGUACAUGAACUGCUUGGUCGGAAGAGGACGCGCGUCGGAGGCAAAGAAGGCGUCGGCUUCGUUCUCAAAUCACUCCCUGAGAAUGCAAGGAAUCUGUACAAGUUGUUGCUUUCGGAGAUUUUGGUCAUACUGGUCGAGGGAGGCGGCGGCUUCGACGACGAUGAAAAUGAUGCUGCCGAUACGGAACCGAAAAGAAGAGGGGGAGGGAGAUCAAAAUCAAAAGCAGGAGGCGACAGCACCAGCGGUGCAGACGAAGUCGGCGUCGAGUAUAGGGUUUUGUACCAGAAGGCCAGUACCGACUUUAUAUGUUCGAGCAGCAUGAACUUUCAGUUUUUGUUGAAAGAGUUCCACGAUCACCAGGUGAUAACGAGUCGGCGGGAUGCGACGGGUACAGAAAUGUUGGGUGUCCCAUUGGGUAGGGACGAAAUCGAAGCUGUAUUGGAGGAUCUAUCUUGA